ACGUCAUGUAAAAACGGAACGUUACUUGAGUAACCUAAAAUUCGUAAGGUCAAGUAUAAUUUUGCGAAAUUAUCAUAAUUUAUUAACAUAUAUCUCCAGGACGCUAUCUCACGAAGUUACUUAAUAUUCGACGGCAUCGCGUUCAGUGAUUCAGCUUUUUUAAACGACUCUGUGUACAGAAAAUCAACAAAAUGUUACGGAACUUUGUAAAAAACUUUUCUUCGAAAAAUCUACGUUGUAUUAUUAAAAACAACCGUGGAUCCACAAGUUUCGGUAAUAUUAGGAGUAUAGCCCCACUGUCGACAACAGAACUGGCGUUAAAAGACGAAAAAAUAAACAUCACAUUCAUAUUAUACGAUGGCAAACGAUUGCAAACGGAAGCUAAAGUGGGUGACACACUGCUCGAUGUGGUCGUCAACAACGACCUCAAUAUCGAGGGGUACGGCGCGUGUGAAGGGACCUUAACGUGCUCCACCUGCCAUGUGGUGCUUAAGGACGAGGAUUACAAGAGACUGCCUGAAGAACCAUGCGACGAAGAACGAGAUAUGCUAGACCUUGCCUACGGUCUAACUGACACCUCACGCCUGGGCUGUCAGAUAACCCUCACGAAGGACAUGGACGGACUAGAAAUCAGGGUCCCGGAGACCAUUAACGAUGCCAGGAGUUGAUGAUAGGGUUAACUAGCUUUAAAAAGCCCUCUUCUGCAAGAACUUAUCAAUAGUUUAGGUAGUUUGAUAAUAAACCCCCUGAGAGACGACGUGGAGUUGAUAAUAGACCUCUGAAAAUGUUUGAAGAUAGACCUGAUUGACGGUGUAGAUAUGAGAAUAGACCCCCAAAAAAUAUUAGUGAUAGAUCCCUGAAUGAAAGUUUGAUAUAGAACGCUUUGAAGAUCAACGUCCGAUUUAUAACGAUGAGUCCAUUAUUUUCUUUCAAAAACUUUCUCAAAGAGAAAAAAAAUAUGGUUUAAAAAACUCGUUUUGGUAAUUGCUCAUUGUAAUAGGUAUAGUUUGGAUCGUUGAAUAUAUACCACCUAGAGGUGUUGUGUUCUAUGUGACAGAUAGAAAAAUGAAGCUCUUUUUGCGUCCAUCGACUGUUAAAAUUAUAAAAUUUUCAUAGUUUUUCAGAUUUAAUAUUCAUUUAAAACUUCAUCACAGUUUCCUAUAAAUAAAAUAGUUCAUAUUGAUCAGUCUUCCAGAAGAUGGGUAGAUAUUGUUACAGCGAGCUUUCAUUUCGCCGCGAUACACGAUGUCUUGUACAGUCAAUAGCAAGUCAUUGAUCAAAAUCACAAAUUGAGAAGACCUAUAACUGUCAAAAUUGACACUGACAAUAUUUUGACGUUUGUUUAACGUCAAAUUGAUAGAAUUUAAAAUAGUUUUACAAUAAUGGACGAUUUGAAAUAAUAAUGUUAUGGUUGGCGUGAGAGCGUAACGCAUCUUUCUUUGACAAUUACAUGAGUCAUCAUAAGAACAGGCGAUUUUAAGACUUUUGACUAAAUUAGGCCCAAAUACCGCUAUUUAUAAUGGCAGAUAAAGCAAUGAUAAUUGGAUUCAAUUGGCACUACUCGUAUUCUUCAAAGUCAACUCAAAAAUUGUCUUGAAUAAUUGACAUUACCCGCUAGCUGAGUGGUCGAGGUAUCCACGCCAAAACCACCGAGCUGUGCCGCGGUUUCGAUCCCCGCGUAGGGCAAUCAUUUGUGUGAUCCACGAAUGCUUGUCCUGAUUCUGGGUGUCUUUGUGUAUGUGACUUGAAUGUUUGUCAAACCCCCGCGACACAAGUAUUAAAUUCCUUAAUUUAAUGCGGAAGUCGAUUUUUAAAACACGUAUACGAAUGUUGUCAAAUUAAAUCCAAUUUCUAUUUAUUCAUCGGCUAUUGUAAAUAGCAGAAUUUGGCCUAAUACACCACAACUUAUAACAUAUAUUUUUGUAGGCCUAAAAUUGGCAGACAAAGUAUGUGGACGAACAUUGCACAAUUAUAAAAUGACAACUGUCAGGCACUAGUUGAUAUUUUUGGAGUGACUUAGUUUUGUACUAAUAAUACUUAAAUUUCAUUAAGCUAUUAAGAUUCUUUGAGAAACAAUACUUAUAUCUAAUAUACACCGUGAUUUUUUAGUCGUCUUACAAAAGCAGCCCAGUUCAUGUAUCCAAUGACUAGAACACGUUCA